GCUGUUUCCGGUAAUGGCGGGCGGUCCAAAGUAACGACUGUCAACACACGUCUCCAAGCGUCAAUCAAAGGAAUAUACAACUUUUUUCAUGCUUCAGUUUAACAUCAUACAACGAAAAAUGUCAUAACAAUUUUUACAAAAGCUUACGCUUUGAAGGAAAAUAUCGGAAAACAGCUUUGUGAGACAUGAUUGGACAUGCUAUAGUUAAUUCCAUUUACUAAACGAUUUAGUGGUUUAUUAUUACGACACCUUGUGUAUUAGGAGAGUUGUGCAGUGAACCACUAGGUGCCCCCUAUUCAGAAUGGCACCUUUAGAAUGGGACACUAUCAUGGCAGCCAGGCCAUCUGCCCUCACAGAGGAAGCAGCUGAUAAUAUGUAUGACAUACUUAAAGAGGCUGAAGUGAAUGAUGGUGAAGAUGUCAAACGUCUGGUACAGCUGUUUAAAGUUACACAAGCUGUCAUGAUCAACCGCAAUAACAUGGUUGAAGAGUCAAUGGCAGAAGCUGAAGAAGAGGUCAAAAAGGCACGGAAGAAAGAGCAAGAACUAAAGUCAGAGAUGGAAAAACUUCAAAAGGAAAUUAGUGAGCUUAAGCGCUUUGGGCCUGACAGCAGUGCUGGAGGAGGGUCAGGCACGGCACGAGACACACGCUACCUGCGUGACAUGGUGCGUGAGUUGGAGGAGACAAAUGAACAACUAAGGCAAGAAAUAAAGGAUCUGAACCGCGACCUUAAUGGGGAAAAACGAGCUGCUGAGAAAUACAGUGAACGCAUCAGUGAACUGGAAAAGCAGCUGAAGGAUCUACGUGAAGAUAAUGACCAGCUACGUCAGGACCUGGGUGACUACAAAUUACAGGUACAGACUCAACGUGACAACUUGAGGUCUCAGGAGGGUGAAGAUCUUGGCUUCCGAGAGAAACUGGCCAAGAAAAACCAUGAACUCGCUCAGGCAAUGGAAGAACUUCAGAAUCUGACAGAUGCAAAUGACCUGCUGCAAAAGCGCUGUGAUGAUCUGCAACAUAACUUAGAGGAUGCUGUUCAGCAAAUGGAUCGCACAACAGAAGAUUACAUGAAACUCAAGGUGGUUCUUCAGCAAAGUGAUGCUGUGACAGACAGGCUGCGAGAAGAGAAUGAGAUCCUUAAGUCACAGGUGCAAGACUUAACAGAACAGGUUCAGUCCAAGACAGAGGCAGAUGAUGCCAUCAUGGUGGCUGUCAACAACAAGAUAGAGGAAUGGCAGGAGCUGAUGUGUAUGAAGGACCAGCAGAUAGCAGAGCUUCAGGAGCAGCUGUUUCACAUGAGAGAGCAGUUAAUUGCAGCCAACAUGGAUAGUGACAAGGCUUCCGUGUCUGCUCUCACACAGUUGCUGAAAGAGAAGGAUCAACAAAUAGAAGAGCUGUCAGCUCAGACUCAGCAGUAUGUCAAUGAGAUGGAAGCUAAUGCAGCUCUCAUAGAAGAUUUACGGGCAGAACUGAGUAGAAGUGGAUCAGGUGGUGGUGACAGACUACAAAAUAAGAUCCGAGAAUUGCAGAAGGAGCUAGAGGCAGCCAGAGAGCAUGUGAAACAUGCUGAUGAUGAAGCUAAAAAGGCUGAGGAAGAUGCUCGCAUCAAGGACAAGGAGUUGAAUGAGGCUCUGGAUAGAAUGCAACAAUAUGAAAAGGGUGAGUAUGGUCUGCAGGAAGCAGUUUUGGAAAUCAAGGGGACAAAGAACCAGCUCAGAGUGAGAGACAGAGAAAUACAAGAGCUGACUAAAUAUAUCAAUCAGACAGAGUUGAAGAUCAAUGAAAUAUUAGAUGAAAAUGAAGAGCUGAGGUAUCGCUUGGGUAUGGAGCCUCGCCAGCCGCUGGAUUUGACGGAGUUUCGCAAAAAUAAAGCCGUCAGACAUGAGGAGGAGAAAGCAUUGAACUUCAUUUUGCAAAGACAGAUUGAGCAGUUGGAAGAGGAAAGAGUGCAAGAUAAACAGAAAAUACGAAAGCUGGCCCAGCAGCUGGGCAAGAGGACACAUUCACAGGAUGACACAGAGGCACCAUCCCAAAAAAUGCGAAGUAGAAGAAAUCUGUUUGGAGCAGUGGAGCUUGGUCUGACAGCCCAGGACAUGAUGGCAGUGCAUGACUACACCGAGACACUGCGCACCAAGCGAAAAACAGAGGCAGAAAGUGAGUCUGCUGCUGUUAUCAUCAGGCGAGAGGUGCAGCAGCAGGAGGUGCAGAUGAGAGAUAAGGAGCUGGACAAAGACUACCGCCAGAGCCUUGUGGAGCUGACCCACAUGGAGCAAGAGGUGGGGGAACUGCGUGCUCACAAUCAUCAGCUGAAGCAGGAAAAUGAAAACAUGGAGGCUGCCUUGAAAGAGGUUAUGGAGGCCCUUAACAAACAAGGGGCUCAAUCCACCACACCGAGGGGGGCUGGAGAAGCAGAUGCAGAGACACCGUAUCGUUUUCCAACUAUUGAGCGCAUGCUGGCGGCUAUUGAAGCCAAGCGUGUUAUUGGCAACUACGACACCUCUUUGUACCUCAAGGAGCAAGUGGAUGUACUCCGUGGCCGCAAUGAAGAAAUCCGUUCAGAGCUGCGAGAAACACGUGUGGAGAUCAACAAACUCUUACUGGAGCGAGACAAAGCUUUUGAGAAGAUUGAGUUGUUAGAGCGAGAGGGUGUGAUGUCAGACAUGACCACUGGGAUAGGAGGAAGAAUACGAGCUAUACCAUUACCAGAAAAUUUACCUGUAACAAGUGCUGAUAUCAUUGCCAGCCUUAAUGAGCAUCUUAUCAUCACCCUGCAGGAGUUGUCUCGGCGUACUGAAAUGAUGGAGAAGAUGGAAGUGUCCCUAGAAACUUACAAGCGCAAGUUUGGUGUGGUGAGACAUCAGCAAGGCUUGUUGUACCAGGAGUAUCUUCGUGACAAAAAGACCUGGGAAGAGGACACAGAGAAGCUGAAGCAACAGGUGAAGGAAUUGGAGGGAAAAAUGGAGGAAGACCUUGUGAAGGUCAAAGAGUUUGAUCACUUGGUUGACAUACUGUCCAAGGAUGAUGUAGAGGUUCGACGUCGCUUGUCUGAGAUGACACGACGCAUGACAGUCCUACGUGUCAAUGAGAAGGCUUUGGUGCGACGGCAUGCCAUCUUGGAGGAAGUGGGAGAGAACCUUCGAAAGGAAGUCAGCCAUCUAAGGAAAGAAAUGAAUGUAAUGGAGUGUGCCAUUUCAGAACGCAUGGGAUACCUGCAGCGUUACAAGGAUAUGUCAGCAUUCAAGAUUGCAGCUUUGCAGAAAGCUCUGGAAGAUUCAGUUCCAUCAUCAGACCUUGAUAAGAUCAGUAAAGAGUAUCAUCAACUGACGGAAAAGUAUCGUGACCUUCUAGACAAGGGUAACACUCUGGUGUCCAAGGCGGAGGCCAUCACAGGACUAGAGAGUGAAGUAAAACAGUUGACAGUAGAGAAUGAAGAGCUCAAGGCUACAAUGAAACUUGACAAGGAACGCCUGCAUGCACUUGAGGCAGCUAUGGAAGAACUGCACCGGCGAGGUGUGACCGAUGGUGCAGAGCUGCACAUCACAGAUGGUGACAUCAUCUCCAUCUCCAGGAAACUGACCAUGCUUGAGAUGAAAGAACUCAAUGAAAGGCAGCGAGCUGAACAUGCUGUGCGCAUGUAUGAACAACAGCUUCAUUUGCUAGGGGAUCUGGAGAGAAGGAACAAGGAACUGGAGGAGAAGUUUGCUGAGGUGACCAGGAUGAACUUGGAAAUGCAGAAAACUGAGCGUGACCUGCGAGAUGAACUCAGUAACUCUGUUACUAAAGCAGUGAGUGAUGCAGACAGAAACAGGAUCCAGGAAUUAGAAGAGACAGAGCUACAUCUGCGUCAAGAAAUCUCCAAGCUGAAGGACAUAGCAGAUGUUGCCUCCACCCAGGUGCGCACAAUGGAGGUCCAACAGGUGUCUCGUGAAAAGGAGAACAGAUCACUGCGGCAGCAACUUCUGGAUUUUCAAGUUCAGAGUGAUGAGAAAACCAUCAUAGGUAAACUGCAUCGCACCAUUGUGCAACUGCAGAUCAGCGAGAGUGCUGCCAUGAAACAGCUGGAGGCUUCCCGCAAGCGUGUGGCUCAGCUAGAAGCUGGAAUAUUGCGCCUGGAACAGAAGGUGGACAACAAAGAGCAGUCACUCUACCACAGUCGCCAGGAGUCGCAAUCCAAACUUCGAUACCUCAAGCGCAGUCUACAGGACCUGCGUCUGCAGUUUGCAGGUGCUGUCCCACUGUCCAAGCAGGAAAAGUUCUCAAAAAAUAUGCUGCAGAUUCAACAGGACAAAGCACGCUUGGAGGUGCAACUCAAAGAGGUUCAGCUGCAUCGUCAAGAAAAUGAGGACAAAGUGGCAGAGUUGUCCCUGCAGCAGGAAGGUCUCCAGGACCUCAUCAGCACACUCAAAGAUGGCCGUGGAGCAGUUAAAGUCAUGGAGUGGCAUUCCAAGAUGGAUGCCUUGCGGCUUGAAGAGCUCCGUCAGCGACGCAACAACACCAAGCUCCAUCAGCAGAUCAAAUAUCUGGAAGAGAUUGUUCGUUCACAUGAAGUCACCAUUGCAGAUCUGGAGGCUGACAAUGUGCACCUUAUCAAGGAGUUUGAAGAACGACAGUUGCGGUGGGAACAGCGUGAAGGAGAGUUGGAGAGAAACAUUAACAACUUGGAGAAACAUACAGCUGAGAUCACCAGUGCUGCAGCCAGAUUUGAGCAGGCCAUUGGUGGAUUGCCAGAUGCAAAGCUACCUGUUGCUAAUCAGCUGGAGGAGGCCAUUUUUACCAUCAGAAACAACGUCAAGGUCAUUUUGGACACACAGGCAGAGAACAAAGCCCUGAAGCAGAAAGUACAGGAAAUGGAGAAGUUAUUAAAAGACUCAGAGAAAACAUUAAUUGAACGUGAAAAGCUUAUCUCAGAGUUAAGACUUCGAAUGCCUGCAACAACGGACCGUGAUACCAUAAUAGAGCGUGCCACUGCUAAAGUCAGUGAGGCAAUGUCAAGAACAGCAGAACCAGAAUAUGAAACACAUCAGAGCUUGAAGAUCGCUCAGUCUACUAUCAACAGUUUACAGCAACGUAUACAACAGAAAGAAGAGACAAUUCUCAAGUACCAGGAGCUGCUAAAGCAGGCUCGACAGGACAUGCUGGACAUGAACCGGCGGCAUGAGGCUGAGCUGAAGACCAUGCAGCAUAAGAUACACGCAGCCUCAGACAUGCACAUCGCCAAGUUCAAGCUAGCAGCUCAGGAAGCACUCAGCAAGCGCAGCACAGCACAUGGCCUGACAGAUAAGCAGCUGGAGCGACUGAAUGAGCUGGAGGACUUGGUAGCAGACCAGGAAAACACUAUUGCAGCACUUCAGGAGAAGCUCAGACAAAAAGAGAUGGACAUCAUCAACCUUAAGACUCGACUGGAGCAGGCAGAUAGACAUCUCAAGCUGGAACACGACAGAUGGAAACAAGAGCAAGCAAAUGACCUGUCCAAAAAAGAUGUGGAAUUAGACCAGGUGCAGCGUAUAAUCCAUGACCAGAAAAAGGAGAUUGAAGUGCUGAAUGAAGAAAUAGCUGCUCUGAAGGAUGCCAACUUGCGGGGACCAACAACUUCCAUGAAGAAUCUGGUAGAAAGACUCAAGAACCAGCUGGCACUGAAAGAAAAACAGCAUCAGGCACUGAGCAAAGCUCUGACAGACCUGCGAGCAGACAUGGUGACACAGGCACAGAAGAGUGUCAUGGCACAGGCAGAAGAGGUGCAGCAAGAGAGAAACAUACAGCGGCUGAUAGACACCCACACCAAGGAUUUCAGAGACCAGGCAGAGGACCUACAGUCCCAGCUUGAACACACCAAACGUGAAUUGAAGAAGCACAAAGAAAGCGAGAGUCUGCUGCAGACAGAACUGGAAGAUGUCAAAGAGGAACUGGGUCGAAAAGACAGAGCUAACAGCAAGCUUCGCAACAGCAAGACGCAGCUAGAAAAGGAAGUGGACGAAUUGGAGAAGAAAGUGGAGAGAUUGAGUGCCAACCGAACUCAGAAAACUGGUGACUUUGAGCGGAUGCAGGAGCUGGAAGAAAUGCGACGGCGUAAUCGCUAUCUUGAGGAAGAAUUAAAGAAAAGACAAACAGCAGAGAAACCAUAUGAGCAAAAAGAAGAUAAGGCCAAGCUGGAAGAGGCUUUGCGAUGGGAAGAAGGUAAGAAGUGGCAGCGCACGAUUGACAAGAUGAAGAGCAAAAUCAAAGAGAAAGAUGACGAGAUUGAGAAACUCAGUCACAGUCUUGAGCGUAUGAAGGUCACACUAGAAAGAAAUACACGGGAGAGAGAUGCCUUAGAAGCCAAAUCGAAGUCUGUCAUCACCAAAGCUACAGCUGCAACUCUAGGGGCUGUUCCUCGACAUCUGGACCAUGACAAAGAGGAUUUGAGGCAGCUCAACUUCAAGCUGCAAGAGGAGAUCCAAGAACUGAAGCGUCAAGCUAUGUUGAACCAAGAUGCAGCAUUUAAGGAGGUACAACUUCGCAACACCCACCUCCGUCAGCAGCUUGAGCAGCUGGAGAAGGCCUUAGCAUCACGACCAAAGGAGGGAGGUGUUGAUGUCAGAGAGUAUCAACGACUAUUUGAGAAAAAUCAGGAACUGCAGCGGGAGGUGCUGCGAUUGUCAGAGGAGAACAUGGAACUUCGCUUUGAGGCUGAAGCAGCCCGCAAGGACAUUCCUCGUCUUAAGGAACGCAUUGAAGAUCUUCAGAAGUAUGUGGAGGCUCUGAAGUAUGAAAACUCUCAGCUGUCAGGGGAUUCAUCCCGCUCACAGUCAUCAAGUAUUAGAAGGUUUGGAGAGAGUGGGAAGAGCACACGGGAGCUGGAGAAGACCAUUGUUCUGCUCAAGAAGGUGGUGGAGCGAGUGCAGCAAGAAAAUGAGAAGCUGAAGAAGGCACCAGGUGUGGUCAGCUCUGAGCAGAUGAUGCUGCUUAAGAAGGAGAAUGAAGGACUUAAGAAUCAGAUGGAAGAAUUGCGGCAGCAGAUGGGAGCAACACUAAGUGACCGCUAUACCUCAAAUCAAGAGGGCACGGCCAAACUGAUGAACCACUAUGAACAGAUGCGCAAGGACCUGACAAAGGAACGGGAAGCUAAUGAAAAAAUGCGAAUACAGCUGCGCAGCCUGGAGUUGCGUGUAGAACAGAAUGAUCGUGAAUUGAUGGAUGCCCGCACUAAACUAGAAAUUGAGGCAGCCAAACGCCCUUCAGCCACAGCAACGGCUGACCAGCAGGGUUGGAAAUCAGCUGUGAUGACUCGCACGUAUGAAGAGAAAAUAAGGACACUGGAAAGCGACAGUGACAAAAGGGCCAAGCAGAUUGCUGACAUGCGGAUUCUACUAAAAGAUUCAGCUGAGCGCGAACAAGAGCUCAUUCAAGAGAGAGAGGAGUUGCAGAAAAAAGUGGCUCUGCUGGAGCGUUUCCCUGCAGGCUCUCAGAUGACAGAUAGCAACAUCAUGCAUGACUUCCAGCAACAGAGAUUGUUAAUUGAGCGACUGGAAAAUGAGAAGAAGGAGCUAGCAGCUGACCUGAGGCUGGCUCAACAGCAGAUGGGGAGCAAGGGGGAGCAGGUGACUAGAGAUGUCCUCUCGAAAGCUCGCAAGUAUGAGGAGAUGGUAGGUGAUAACGUGGAGGCACGCCUGGAGGUCAGAUCUAUGGCUUUGGAAAGAGAUAAACUGAAGAUGGAGGUGGAGAGGCUGCAUAAGGAGCUGGAGAACUUUGGGCCAGACUUUUUUGAGGAGAUUGAAGAUCUGAAAUACAACUUCAAGCGCAAAGCAGACCGCUGUCGCAUGCUGGAACACAAGCUCACACAAAUAGCACAGCAGUUUGGUGUGUCAGUCAACAUCCCCGUUGAUGACUAACUCCAUCCCAUAUCUAAACUUUAUGAGUGAAGGAACUCAUAGCACUAACUGUGAUGUAUAGUGUGGUCAAAUUUUGUAGACUUGUCCUGUAAAGAUUUAGGGAUUACCUUUGCUUCAUCUUAAGAGAGAGCUCUUAUUAAAGAUGAAGGACUCAAGGAAUUGAUGAGCUUUCCUAUCCAGUUGCCAAAGAAGCAAGACUGAACAGCAAUCAUCAUGUCACUGAUCAUCAGGUCACUUGACUGAUGGCCAGGUGUGAAUUCUACCUGAUUACAGGACAAGAGAGAUUUAUUUAUGAUAUGCUGGUGAGAUAAUGCUGGUGUGGUGUGCAGUCAGGCACCUGUGCUGUUCCGAGGUGGUUUUUUUGUGAUGUUCGUUACUUUUCCAGGUGAUGAGAAGGGACAGCAUGUCAGAGUGGAGAUCAAAGCCUUAUAGUAAAGAAGGGUCAGAGAUGUGUUUGCAGCCUUCACAUUGUAUUCAAACUGUAAAGCUGCCCAGAUUUAUGGUCUGUAUAUUAUAUUUAUUUUUCUUAGCCAAAUCCUAGUUCUCAUUCCGUCCAGGAGUCUUUUGGUUACAAGUCAUGAUAACUCAUUGCUGUUUGCUAUCCUGUGAUUUCAUGAUGUGUAGGGUGGCUGAGUUCAUUGUAUUAAAGGUGUUUAUUUCAUCAGAAACCGGGUGAUUACAUAACAGAUCAGCCACUUUGUUUGAGGGAGAAGGUGGAACGCUUAAUGCAGUUGAGAUAUGACCUCUUCUGUGGAGGGGUGGCAUAAUGGUGUCCACUGGUAUGAUUAUUAUGGUUUAGCUGAGAUAUAAUCUAUUGUAUUUAUGGGACGGGACAGUCUUGUCACUAGUACAGUUAUUAUGAUCCGUUUUAUGUAGGAGGAGUUUCGUGUCUGCUAGUAACACAAUACAUGUAUGAUGUGUUUGGGUGUGCUGAAUGGCAACAGUCUUUUGUCCACUAGUAACAUUAUCAGUUUUUAUAUUUGUUACAUUUGGAGAUGGUGCUUGUUGGUAUGUUUAUAAACCUCCACCUUUCGUUGAGCGAGGGAAUAUUUGCAAUUGAAUGUUGAGUGCUUCAGAGUUGAAUGUAAGGAAACACUAGGGCUGGUUAAAAGUAAACAACAUUGAAGUGCCGGAUACUAGGGAAACGCUGGAAAUGAUAGCCAGUCAAGAGACAGCAAGUAAACAUGUAUGUGACAUGCUAGGGAAACACUAGAAAUGAUAGACUGUCAAGAGCCAGCAAUUAAACAUUGAAGGAACUGAUACUAGAGGAGCUCUGGUAAAGACUGCGAGAAUUCAAGCUAAAUGUGACCAUGAAUGUCCUUAGUAUUUUUCAUCAUGCUUUUGACACAGACACAUAUUUAAAUCUCAUUUACAUUUUUGCUACAAUGUUAUAGUCCACAAUAAAUAGAGAAUAAAUAUUCUUUAAAUACUG